ACACACCCAGCUUGCUAGAGCAAGAGUCUGCAGUGGAAAAGCGCUUUGGAAUUAAGAAACAUGCCCUUAUUCUGCUCCACAGCUCUCUCAGACUCCAGCAGCUGAGUGGAACUCUGCAGUAAAAGGGAAAAUCAAUUUUGCCUUUCAUGUUGUUGUUGUUUCACAGAUGCAGUCAGGAUGCCACCACAUCAGCCUCUUGCACAAAUCCCUGUGGUCUUCCUGAACAGCUCAUUAAAGCCAUUAACAGGCCCCAGGACAAUUUUCAGCCUCUUCAAGAGCAGCUGUGCUUGUAGCUGGGAAGAGAGCAGCGCUCUAAGAGUUAAACUGCAGUGACCUGGAACAUCACAGAUCCAAAAAACCCUGGAAUUUGAUACAGUUCAACAUCCUCAAUGUACUUUGUUAUUUACCAUACACAGACUCUGCCAGCUGAAGCUGAUCUGUUCAACCUGGGAAGAGAAGAAAGGACUGAAUUAUGUAUUUAUCGGGAUUUUUGCUUCAAUGUAUCGUCAUAGCAGCCACCUCCCACCUCCUCCCAUGUGCAUACCAUGUAAAAUUGGCUGUCUAGGCAGCACUUCAUAGGAGUCAUCACUGUGAAGCAAGGACAAGCAGUAGCAGUUACUUCACUGGGAAACUCAUAUUUCUCUUAUAGGUCGGAAGGAGCAGCCCCUAAAUAGCCCACUCCUGGGUAUACAGAUGGUUUGGCACACUUUGGAGUUGGGUAUUUCCAUCCAGCUAUUAUCUGGGGAGAUACACUUGGUAGAAGUGUUAGUUUCUUACUUGAAUCUUAUUACCGAAUACUUACAACUGAGUACAGGGAGUAGGGCCCUGGAGAAAUGGGGUCGUGGGAGAAGACAAGGAACACCUCUUCCCUGCCUCCUCUGUGUAGCCUGGAUUUGUGUAUCCAAUAAAGCUUUCAGCUUCUUUUUUUUUCUGGUAGCUGAAAUAUUACAGAUGUCCCAUGGGAAGCACUGCCACUUAGAGGGAAAUGGUGCCACAGGCCAGCUCCUCCACUACCUGCUGUGCCUCCCGGUUGGAAAACACGAGCAGGGAUCAGAGGCAGUACUGCCACCAGCGCUCCUCCUUGUGUUAGGUAAAAAACUUUAUUGUUUCUAAAUGAGCCUUUUUUUCCCCCGUUUGGCCCAUGGUGCUAAAGGAAGCACUUUAAAGUGUGUGUCCCCUGUUUCUUCCAGCUGAAGGCACUGCCUGGUUGUUCCCUCCUGGGGGAUAUGGACCCAGCCGUUCCCAUCUGAUCCCCAGCUCUGCAAAUCCUUGCAGGCAAAGGGACCCCGUGGGAGUCUUCCAUGCUCCCCAUGGACUGAAGUUCUGCUGAGCUGAGGAUGGAGAGUUCACAAUCUGCCUGAACUUCUGCAGAGCUUUGCUAACUUUUGCCAUCUGAUGGGAGCCCGGGUUGAAGACAAGAGCUCUGUCAUCAUGUCAGUCAGCGUGCACGAGAACCGUAAAUCCCGGACAAGCACCGGCUCCAUGAACAUCCUGCUUUUUCACAAAGCUUCCCACCCGGACUGUGUAUUGUCCCAUCUGAACACCCUGCGGAAGCACUGCAUGUUCACCGAUGUCACCCUUUGGGCAGGAAACAGGUCAUUCCCAUGUCAUCGGGCAGUGCUGGCUGCCUCCAGCAGAUACUUCGAAGCCAUGUUUAGCAAUGGGCUCCGGGAGAGCCUGGAUGAUGAGGUGAACUUCCAUGACAGCCUCCACCCAGAGGUGCUGGAGCUACUGCUGGACUUCGCUUAUUCCUCUCGGAUCAUCAUCAAUGAGGAGAACGCUGAGUCCCUCCUGGAAGCGGGAGAUAUGUUACAGUUCCAUGAUGUCCGAGAUGCAGCAGCUGAGUUCCUGGAGAAGAACCUUUACCCUUCCAACUGCCUGGGCAUGAUGCUGCUUUCAGAUGCUCAUCAGUGCCGCCGGCUCUAUGAGCUCUCCUGGAGGAUGUGCCUGGUUAACUUUGAGACUGUUCACAAGAGUGAGGACUUCAACAACCUUUCCAAGGACACUCUGCUGGACCUCAUCUCCAGCGAUGAGCUGGAAAUUGAGGAUGAAGAAAAGGUCUUUAAGGCUGUCAUCCAAUGGGUAAAGUAUGAUCUGGAUGAGCGGAAGGCUUAUCUCCCAGAACUCCUAAGGAACGUUCGUCUGGCCUUGCUUCCUUCUGAAUGCCUCAAGGAAGCUUUGGCUUGUGAGGACUUGAUCAUGGUGGAUGAAAGGAACAAGCUUGUCUUGGACGAAGCAAUUCAGUGCAAAAAGAAGAUCCUCCAGAAUGAUGGGGUAGUCACCAGUCCCUGUGCCAGGCCUCGCAAGGCUGGGCACACCUUGCUGAUCCUGGGAGGGCAGACCUUCAUGUGUGAUAAGAUCUACCAAGUGGACCACAAAGCAAAGGAAAUUAUCCCCAAAGCAGACCUGCCCAGUCCACGGAAGGAGUUUAGUGCUUGUGCCAUUGGCUGCAAAGUAUACAUCACUGGAGGCAGGGGCUCAGAGAACGGCGUCUCGAAAGAUGUAUGGGUGUAUGAUACAGUUCAUGAAGAGUGGUCAAAAGCUGCCCCAAUGUUAAUAGCUCGGUUUGGACAUGGCUCAGCGGAGUUGGAAAACUGCCUGUAUGUGGUUGGUGGACACACUGCGGUAGCUGGAGUCUUCCCUGCGUCUCCUUCUGUUUCCUUGAAGCAAGUAGAAAAGUACGAUCCCAUAUCCAACAAAUGGACGAUGGUGGCUCCUUUGCGAGAUGGAGUGAGCAACGCUGCGGUGGUGAGCGCCAGGCUCAAGCUCUUUGUCUUUGGUGGGACCAGCAUUCACCGAGACAUGGUGUCCAAAGUGCAGUGCUAUGAUCCAGCUGAGAACCGGUGGAUGAUCAAAGCCGAGUGCCCACAGCCCUGGCGCUACACAGCAGCCGCUGUCCUGGGCAGCCAGAUCUUCAUCAUGGGAGGAGACACCGAGUUCACGGCAGCCUCUGCCUAUCGCUUCGACUGCGAGACGGACCAGUGGACACGCAUUGGGGACAUGACAGCCAAGCGCAUGUCAUGCCAUGCCUUGGCUUCAGGGAAUAAACUCUAUGUGGUAGGGGGUUACUUUGGCACUCAGAGGUGCAAAACACUGGACUGCUAUGACCCUACGUCAGACACAUGGAACUGUAUCACAACAGUGCCUUACUCGCUCAUCCCCACAGCUUUUGUCAGCACCUGGAAGCACUUGCCAUCAUGAUGAGGGUCAGGGCCCGGGGCCUUGUAUCCAGGAGGUCAAUAAGAUGCUACAUCCAUAUCCCCAGUCUCACUGCUGGAGCCGACACAGUGACUGAGUCCCCGCUGGUCCUCCUGCACAGAACUCUGAGGAGCCUUUUGCAUUCCUUCCCGGCACCAGGAGCAGGGGGCAUCAUGCCAGGGGGGCACCGAGGGCCACCCAGCCCCACCACCAGCCACGAUAUGGGGACAGCGAGGAGCCACUGGCUGCCAGGCUGGAGCUGGACACGGGCACACUCAUGGGUACCAGUGGCCUGAUGGGACUGGGGAGACAGAGGAUGUGCACCAGGCUGCAUCCCUCAGCAAGCAGCGUGGGGAGCCAUUAGUUGCGUUUUGUUACUCGACUGGGGGGGUUAAAAGACAUUAAUAGUUUUUAUUCAAAGGCAGUGCACUUGCCAUUGGCAGUAGCUGCUGUUUGGGUGACUUGGAAGUGUUUUUAAAGGGAAAAGGGGUUGAAAGCACCUGGCUCCCCAUCCUUUGGCCGCUCCACGGAGGCGAUGGCUGUUGAAACACUAAAGCGUGGGAGCUUGGGCCGGCUGCCAGCAGCGCCGGGUGCUGCGGUGAAACAGGGCAGGUGCCUUUUGCUUUGCACUUUGGGCCUUAUUAAUGUUCUUUUCCCCUCUUCCCUCCCUUCUGUCGGGGGCCGGCAGCUCCCUGCAUGCAGCUGCUGGGAAGAGCACAGAGCGUGCCAAGGCCCCGGCACCACUGCUGAGAUAGUCACCAGAUAAACCCUGGGCUGCCUGCUUGGAGCCGGUCUGCUGAGCUCCUGUGCUCACCCAGCAGCGUGGGUGAAGGGGAAUUAGCACACGAGCAGACACAGCCUUGGGAAGGGGCGUUGUGCCUUUAGUGAGCAGAGCAGGGGAGCACCAUGGAGCUGUUGGAGUGGGCAUCCCCCUUGUUCCCACUGCACCACACAUCCUGGCUUCACCUCGGAGUGAUGUGAGCGUUCCUGACUGCAUGUUGCCUGCCAACGCUUGGGCUGUAGCUGCCCCACAUUAUCCACGAACAUUGGCUGACUCUAUUUGGGUUUAUCCUCGCAAGAGCUGUCAGCCUGAGUUGUUCCUCAUUCACGCUGAUGAGGAACGCACGUGGAUUUUGGCUGUCAAUACACGGAUGCAUCUCCCGACCAGCCUGCCCCAGCAUCCCGCUUCCCUCUGCAGCAGAUCUGGUCCUGCAGAUGCUCCAGGCUUGCCUUUUGCCCCUGAAUUAGGUUGAGCUGUAGCCUGGCCAGAUGAAUGAUGCAAUGCGAUGAAAAGCCUUGACACAGCUUCAAACAACAAAGGUCUUUUCGGAGCAAGCGAGCGCUGCCAGGAAGAGCACACGUUGCGCGCAGCCAGCCUGUGAUGCUCUGAGUGACGUUUAUUUACAUCUUCCAGGCUUUGUAUUUUCUUUCUUCCUUCGGCUGCUUGCGAACUUUAAUAAAAAUGAUGAUCUGGGAAACGGUC